CACUUGUCAGGCUCUUGAGUCGAGCGAACAGUGAAGGGAAACAGACAACGUCUGAACGGCUGUACUGGAAGUGUGUGAUGGCUACCUAGCCUACUGAGCACGACGACCAGUAGUUCGUUGUAUUCGAGAGUAAUUGUUGUUUUUGAGGCCCCAAAACGGAACUACCGCUCUUUAUUCAACGACGAAGGUGGUUGGGACGACGUCGACCGAAUGUGGACCCUGCUAACUUCUAAGUGCUAACGUUAAAUGAGACUUGUUCGUCGAGCGAAAUUCAACUUCAUCGAUCGCCGAAAACAUUAACUCUUCUGAAAAUACGUUGAACGGAAGUCCGGCCAGGAUAUAAUACACGGGCUUCAAGACUUGUACUCGGUCUCAUACGAAGAACUACAUGAAUUUAACGGUUCAACUAUAUUUUGUAACUUGUCUUCCUCGACAGCGGUGCAAACUGUUAAGUAGUGGCGUACUUAAACGUCGGCUAAUUUUAGCACGCUAGCUAGCGUCGGGUACAUUAGCUGGCAUGCUAGCAGUACAGUAGUUCGCUACUGUCAGGACUUUACGACUAAUUCUGGCCACGUUUGUUAUGGCAAUGUCUUUAAUACGUUUUUUAACAGCCAGACCUUUUACCAAUGUGACGAAACAGUAAAAAACAAAAAUCCACAUUUUUGAAAGUUAGGCCAUAAUUUUAGUUUGUUUGCAACUGCGCGUAAUGCCAUGAGUUUUGGUUUAAGUUCGCUUUUGGGUUCGUGUUUUGAGGACUGUCCUCGUGUUCGAGAGUAGUAGUUUUCCGAAUGAUGCAGUCUUGGGACACAGUCUAAACCACCAUACCGAGCGACCAUGUUGGAUCACACCGAAUAACAUCAGCCUCGGAACAGGAGACGAGCUUCGAGUCGUGCGGUUGGCUCUGCGCUUUUUGUGCUAAUGCGAACAGAAGAGGGCAACUUUCACUUGCUAUAGGGACAAAAUAGCUCUCUUGAAGUCUUCAUCAAUUUAUGCAUCAAAAUGUCGGCGAUAUCCGCAUCCGAGAAAGUGGACGGGUUUACCAGAAAGUCCAUGAGGAAGGCCCAGAAACAGAGAAAAUCCCAAGGCUCGUCUCAGUACCGCACGCAGAGCGCCCCGGUGGAGCUUUCGCCGCUGCCGCAGCUCAAAGAUGCCCCCUCCACGGAGCAGCAGGAACUGUUCACCCAGAAACUCCAGCAGUGCUGCAUGCUCUUCGACUUCCUGGACUCUGUGAUGGACCUGAAGAGCAAGGAGAUCAAGCGGGCCACUCUCAACGAGCUGGUGGACUACGUCUCCACCAACAGAGGGGUGCUGGUAGAAUCCACCUACCCAGAGAUCACCAAUAUGAUCUGCACCAAUAUAUUCCGGACUCUUCCACCGAGCGACAACCCUGAUUUUGACCCGGAGGAGGAUGAACCCACUCUCGAGGCAUCCUGGCCUCAUGUUCAGCUGGUCUAUGAGUUUCUGCUCCGCUUUCUUGAGAAUCCGGAUUUCCAGCCCAGCAUCGCAAAGCGCCACAUUGACCAGAAGUUUGUUCUGCAGCUCCUGGAGCUGUUUGACAGCGAGGACCCGAGGGAGAGGGACUUCCUGAAGACCAUUCUGCAUCGGAUCUAUGGAAAGUUCCUGGGUCUGCGUGCCUUCAUCAGGAAGCAGAUCAACAACAUUUUCUUGCGGUUCAUCUAUGAAACCGAGCACUUCAACGGUGUUGCUGAGCUUCUAGAAAUCCUUGGAAGUAUCAUCAAUGGGUUUGCGUUGCCUCUGAAGGCGGAGCACAAGCAGUUCCUGAUGAAGGUGCUCAUCCCGCUGCAUACUGCUAAAGGACUGGCCCUUUUCCACGCGCAGCUGGCCUACUGUGUGGUCCAGUUCCUGGAGAAAGAUCCUACACUCACAGAACCGGUGAUUCGCGGGCUGCUGAAGUUUUGGCCAAGAACCUGCAGCCAGAAGGAGGUGAUGUUUCUGGGUGAAAUUGAGGAGAUUCUGGAUGUCAUUGAGCCAACACAGUUCAAGAAAAUCCAGGAGCCGCUGUUCAAACAGAUCUCCAAAUGUGUGGCCAAUCCACACUUUCAGGUCGCCGAGCGAGCGUUGUACUUCUGGAAUAACGAGUACAUUCUCAGCCUCAUCGAGGAAAACAUUGACAAGGUCCUUCCCAUCAUGUUUGGAAGCCUGUACAGAAUCUCCAAAGAGCACUGGAACCCGACAAUCGUCGCUCUGGUCUACAACGUGCUGAAGACGCUGAUGGAAAUGAACUGCACGCUCUUUGAUGAGUUGACUUCCUCUUACAAAGCAGACCGGCAGCGGGAGAAGAAGAAAGAGCAAGAGAGGGACGAACUGUGGAAGAAGCUGGACGAGUUGAGGCUCAGCAACGCCGCUCUGGUCCAGAACAACCGCCACGGGCUCCUGGGUGUCCAGAACAACAACAACAACAACAACAACAACAGUACUAGUAAUAGUGACAACCAGGACAGGAGCGCCGAGGCUGCAGCCGUCACUCCAGCCAACCAAGAUCCCGACGUGGGCGUGGCCGCCGGCGAGAGCCCCCCAUGUGCCAAAUGACACCGGACGUCGGUUUUUUAUCCCGUAACGGUUUGACAACGUGUUCAGGACUGUCAGGAGAGGAUUAACGGAGACAGAUAAAAAACACAAAUUACACCUCAACAGUAUAUUAAAUCUACUAGAGUGACUUAGAACGCCAGCAUUUCCUUGGCAGAAAAUAUAUAUAUAUAUAUAAAUAUAUAUAUAUUUCAACUUAAGACUAUUUUUGGAUGUUACACUGUGGCUGCAGUAUAUUGUUUAUUCAUCUGAUCAAAGAUUUAUCCAUUCACAUUUAGUUUCUUAAUUGAAAAUGAUUAUUUCUGUUUGUUUAUAUUCGUUGUAUGAUACAUGGGAAGGGGAGAAAAUAAUGACUUGAAUUCAAUGUUUCCGAUUGUGCUGCGCUUGGACAAGCUGAACAGCUAUUUAAAGAUGUCUAUUUUUUAAUGCGCUUUUCCUUGUUGCCGCCAACACGUGGGUGCAAACCUCAAGGCAGAAGGGAACUGCAGUCUUUGGGAGUAUUUAAGGUGCAGAUGGGACCAGAUCCAUCUUUAUACAUUCAGUGUCCAUCGAUGUACAGAGAAGGACUGUUAUCAGGAGCAGGAGAAGCUACUGCUGAGUUGUCUCGCGCUAGAGGAGGAGAAUGGUAGGUUUAUGGCCAAAAGAAUAUAAAAAGGUUGAAUCCUAAAGAGUCAUUGUCACAGAUAUGCAUUGAUGUCUCUGUAAGUGACUCUAGUGAAGACUAAGAAGUCUAAACUUGUUCGGCAGGAUGGAACAUUUAUGAGGUCAGCUUUAUGAUUCAGUUGUUGGUGAAAAAAAACAAUGUAUCUGUGUGAAAACCUCAGAAGUUUAUAAGAUUACACUAAAGUAUUGAGACGGGACUUUCAAGAGACUGGAAUGAACGGAAUGGGCUUAGAGGAGAAGAUCCACUGCGCAGUUGGAUCUUCUCGUCAAACGCUCAGCAAGAAAGAAUAAAAGUAUUUCCCAACGAUGUAAAAAAACAAAAAACUAUUACUCUAAAAGUAGUAGAUUGAGAACUAAAAUGAUGAGACCUCUAUCUCUGUUUCCUGAGUAUAGACAAGACAAAUAUUUUUGAAUGUUUGCUUUGGCAGAUGGGUGAUGGUGGGAAGGCGGUUUACCUUGCGUGCAUAUUUGCUGAGUGCGUAUAUGUUAGUUCGGAGGCUACUUAAAGGGAAAUGCCACUCAAUUUAAGAUUUUCUGUACAGUACGUCGUUUCCGUGGUCUGCGAGCGCAGUCGAUGAUCAGCAACACAAGCGAAAAAAGCAAAGACUGUCAUUGGUCAUUUUCCAAAUCACCUUCUUGCUGACGUUGUGUAUCAUUUUUCUAUCCAGACAAGGCUCAUCGUGAAGUAGAGAUGUUCAGAAAAACCAACGCUUAGCACAGCAAAACCUCGAGUAAUCUUUGGCCUCGGCGCCUGUUGUCCCUGCACCUCCCGACUUUGUAACCUCACAUUUGCUUUUAGUUUCCGCCGCUGGGAGUUGACAAACCCGCUGAUGAACUUGAGACUGCCGUAGAUCAUAGGAACAACUUGGGACUUAUAUUUUAAAUUGAAUGGUGUUCCCUCCAAACCCCCCCGAGUGUCUGCUCUUUAACUUCUAUGUUCACAUUUUUAGGUCCAGUCUUUUCUGAUGCCUUUGUCAGUACAGCAUUCCAACCUCUUUGACGUUAAAAAAAAAAAAAGAAGAAAAAAAAACUGUGUGGGGAACCUGUUUUGUAAU